GCUGUUUGUUUGGCUACUCCCUUGCUGCGUUUGGCAAGUUGGUGGAGGGUUGAGCAGUAUAUAUACUGUGAGUUCCUGUAAAGAAGAUGAGGCAAGAGGUAUAGAGAGGGAUAAGAGCAGAAUCGAGAGUCACAAUGUGCAUUGCUGCAUGGCUGUGGCAGUCUCACCCUGUCUACCCACUUCUCCUUCUGCUCAAUAGAGAUGAGUUCCAUGAUAGGCCUACUAAACCAGUAGCAUGGUGGGGAGAUGGAUUUCAGAAGAUACUGGGAGGGAGAGAUGGGUUAGCUGGUGGGACUUGGCUGGGGUGCACAAAGGAUGGAAGGCUGGCUUUUUUGACUAAUGUGUUGGAGCCUGACCUUCUCUCCGGUGCAAAGAGCAGAGGAGAAUUGCCUCUCAGGUUCCUGCAGGAUAGACAGAGCCCUGUGGAAUUUGCAGAGGAUCUGGUAAAGGAAGCAAAUGAAUACAAUGGUUUCAACCUCAUAGUAGCUGAUACUUCUUCCAAACUCAUGGUUUAUGUGUCCAAUCGACCUAAGGGAGAGCCUGUUUCUGUUCAAGUGGUCUCCCCAGGUCUUCAUGUGCUCUCCAAUGCAAAGUUGGACUCUCCUUGGCCUAAGGCGCAGCGCCUUGGCACAAGUUUCAUGGACAUAAUUCUGAAGCAUGGAGAUGAAGAAAUCUCGCAAGAGGACAUGGUCGAAGAGCUGAUGUUUGACACUACAAAGGCUAAUAGAGAAAAGCUGCCUAACACCGGCUGUGAUCCUAAUUGGGAACUCAAUUUAAGCUCUGUUUUUGUAGGAGUUGAGACCGAAUUAGGGCGAUAUGGAACGCGAAGCACUGCUGCUUUAUCUGUAAAGACUACUGGAAAUGUAAGCUUCUAUGAGAAGUACUUGGAGAAUGGAGUGUGGAAGGAGCACACUGUUGCUUACAAUAUAGAGAAGGGACAGUGAGUAGAGUUGCAUCUGAGAAUAAUUGUGUUAAAGGACAGACACCGUUGUCCCAAUUGUUGCCUUCUACAUGAAAUCUGAAUGCAAAGGAUUUAUUUCCUUGUAACAUAAGUUUGUGUCGCUCCACUGAUAUGUA